AUGAUCGCCCGUGUCCCAGUGUAUGGAACGACCGAUGCAGGCCGAAACCUCUACCUUCGCAUAGUCGAAGAGACAAAGAGCAUCGGACUGAAGUCUUCCCAGAUCAUGUCCGCGUUGUACUACGCGCACGACACAAGCGGCCGGCUGUGCGCUAUGUUGUGCACACACGUGGACGACUUCUUCUGGGCAGCGUUCGGUGAGGGCGAGCUGAAGAUCCAGCAGUUGCUGGACCACUUCAAAAUCGGGAGGAUCGAAGAGGGUAGCUUCAGGUUCUGUGGCAGGGAAUACGCUCAGCACCCCGAUGGCACCAUCGAGAUCAACUCAAGGGACAACACGCGUGCCAUCGCUCCCCUCGAGAUUCCCAAGGGUGCAAAGUUGACGACACCUGUCACACAAGGACAGAGGACGGCGCUUCGGUCCGUCAUAGGUUCACUCGCGUGGGUGGCCCGGGCUACCAGGCCCGACCUCGCGUACCGCGUCAACGCGUUGCAGCAGCGAGUGACCGUCGCGACCAUCGACACGAUGAGAGAGGCCAACCGUGUGGUCGCACUCGCCCUGGCCGACGCAGAACGCUGCAUCGUGUAUCGCGCCAAGAUACUGCCGUGGAGCAGUGGUCCCCUCGCAGUAGUCACAUUUUGUGACGCCUCUUUUGCUGCUGAAGCUGGGUACAAGUCCCAGAGGGGAAGGUUGCACUACCUCACUGACGCGGAUACAGCACGCGACGUGAACGCACCCAAGCACAAGCUUCACCUGGUUGCAUUCGGUAGCUCUACAAUGAAGCGAGUCUGCCGCGCGACACUACAGUGUGAAGCAUACAGCCUACAGCACGCCACCGAGCACGGAGACAGGAUCCGUGCGACGCUCCUAGAGUUGCAAGGCAAGCUGCCGUCAUUGCAUGACUGGAGCGAAGUAGCGCCGAGAAAGAUGCUACACCUGCAGUACUCCGACUGCAGAUCGCUCGCAGAUCAUUUGCUGUCGUCGGUACCCAGACAAGUGGAAGACAAGCGUCUUGCUAUCGAAAUGACAGCAUUGCGUCAAGCACUGUGGGUAGACGAGACACCGACGAGCGAAGCCUUCGCACCAUUCGGUGAUAUCCUGCGAUGGAUACCAACCCACCUUCAGUUGGCUGACUGCUUGACCAAGAGCAUGAAGCCCAAGCUUCUGAACGAUGCCUUGGAGAGCAACGAGGCCGUUGUGAGAGAAGAAGCUCCAGCUGAGACGUGUGACGAUUGGGCGCUGAUUCAGCAGCUGGAUGCCCCUCGGCGGAAUGCAGCGGUAUGGAUCACCGGCCACAAGCAUUUCUACUGGCAGUCAGAACCGUCCGGCUCAGUCACUGCUCAAGAGCGUCGCUACUUCCCUUUGCACAUGGUGAUCGGCAACGGGGGCUUCGACGAAGGGGAGAUCGACACCGCGCCUUUGCCCGCAGAGAAGCCUUCCGAAGUUACGCUCAUACAGGCCAGCAUGGCACAGGGCCAAGCCCGACUCCAGUGCUACGUGGACGACCCUUUAGCCGCCGUGCGCGGCACCGCCCGCGAGGCCACAGACAUUGCGCUCAUGAUGAUGGUGGCUUUCUCCGGUGGUGGGAGCCCUUUUCCACAGAGCUUGAAAGGUGGCCUGCAGCGCGUGAAAGUGCACUUUGACGUGUACGACACCUGCAUCUCAGCGGAUGCCGUUUGCCCUUCGCUAGGCAUCGGUGGCCCAUACUGCUGGGACCGCUGCCAGUCCAUUCCAGGUGGUGUCGAUGGCGGCGGCGGAGCCCGAAAAGCCACGCCAGGCAAGCAUGGCACGGGCUUUGUCCUUGAUGCCCCGAAGACGUCCAGCGAUGCCCGCAAGCAAAAGCUCUUCGAAUCGCCCUGGCGGCUGCGCGUGGAGACGGACGAUGGCGUCACCUGGCUGAGGGAGGAUGAAACAUCCUACACUUAUACCUUUCAAGGACACAUGGCGGACUGGUGGGGGGUCCGAGGAUUGUUCUCGAUCCCGGGUCUUUUCCCUUUCACCCCCGAAUGGUUUUUUGUGCUCAUGGAGUCGCAAAUAAGCAACCAGACCUCAUCGGCCGAGGCCACGACUGAGGGCAAACGGGGAGAACGACAGCAGGAGAAGAAGACCAACACGGAGGGAGAUUCACACCGACCAUGGCUGUUCUCCGCAUUUUGGAAGCUGGCGAAACCAAUAGUUGAUAGGCUCGGUUCACUGGGACUUCUAUACUGUGGUACGCUUUGCACUUCCAUUGGUCUCGCGGCUAAGUGGGCGUAUUGGUUGCUUGUCGGAAUAGUUGGGGUAUUCCUGCUGCAACUGGCCGUAUGGACUUACACCUGGGUGGUGUACCCUACGGUGGUUCACUCCCGCCCCGCAACCGAUGUCGCGUGGACUGCAAACUACGUUCAGUCCGAAGUGCGAGGUCCUCUUCUCAUCGAUACUUCAGGAACCUCAUCGAAGCCGCAGAAUGCAAAGUCCAUUUAUGUGUUGCCGGCAGGGAACGUGGAGGGUAACUCGUUCUCUUGGCCGGUGCUGUGGUCCGAAACGGAGUCGGAGGCGGAUUGUGAAACUGCAUGCCAAGCGGACCAAAUAGCCAUGGCUCUACCUGGGAAAGACCUGCAGCCCUUGGCGAGCGAGCCUUGUAGGGACGUUGCUCGGGGCAACCCGGAGGUUCUACUAAAGGCAGACGAGGCAGUGAGCUGCCAAGAAGGUCUCCUUGAAUGCAAUGGGGAAGGGAAAGCCUUCCACUCCUGCGACUACCACAGGGCUCUCUACAGGGGUUCCCAGAAGGGUAGAACUUGCUCUGUUGAAGGAUGCCUCCAUGCCCCUAGCCACAGUCGCGGGGGAGUUCGGCUCUGUAAGCUCCACGCUGCUAAGGACGAAAAGAAGCCUCGAACAGGAGCUAAGCGGGCUGGUCAGCCUCCUGCUCUGGACAGCUCCCUUCCACAGCCUCCCGAUUCUCCUCACCCUCUUCUUCCCCGUACUCAGGGAUUCAAUGGGGAAAAGGAACCCGAACCGGCGUGUCCCUUUGCCCCUAAGAAGACAGUUCUGUUGAAGGGGAUCCUGCAAAGGAUUAUGGCACAGGAAAGCCCUGUGGAUGCCUGCCGGGGCACCUUUAUGGAUUGUUUUUCCCGCUUGCCAAACGAAGUUGAGUUUCAGGAAGUUAUGGGACUGACCAAGGCGUCUGCAGAAGAAUAUCUGGCACAGGUAGCCGCCGGUGACCAGCCCCUUGUGGUGGAUGCUCUUCAGACUCUGGUGGCGUACCCGGAGGGCGACAACUACUCACGAGACGAGGUGAUGGCUAUGUUAAGACCCGGAACGCCCGUUAGCGCAGACGCCCUCGGAAACGAGGUUCUACCUCCUUUGCCGCCUACUCCCUCCCUGCUUGAGGACUUGAGGGGAAAUUCCACCCCCUCCGGUUCAAGGAUCACCGGCCCCGAGAGUCGCACCACCGACGAUGACUCAAGUACCGGAGACGAGACCCUUCUCAAUGGCGGGGACACUCUUCCCGCACCUUCCCAAGAAUUGCCUUUGGCUCAGAGCCUGAUGCGGAAAAAGGGACCCAGUGCGGCCAGUCCGAUGCACCUGAGUCAGGUCCCUACGCCAGAAUGGUUUAGGGCAGGGGCCUACACGAACCCUGUUUCCGGACACCCGGAUGACACCACACGAGCCCUUCAAGCCAUUGCGAAGGCGGUAGGAGCCAAGGACGAAGCGUCCGCCCAGGAAAGGGGCAAACUCUCGUCAAUAGGAAGAACAGAGGAACGUGCCCUGUUCUUAGCUCGCGGCUGCGACUCCCUGUCGGUUCCUCUUGGAGAAGCAACUGUCGGAAAGGAACUAUUCCACGCCCUCCGGAACACGGCGACGCAAGAUAGGCCCCUUCUUCGCUCUCUCAAGUUUCCCAUCAACAUCACCAACAGGUUUGCUUUCGGGGUGUGUAGCCUUUGCAUCGGGGGAAAGGGCAGCCUGCCCGAUUAUGCCCUGUGCGUCGGUGAUUUCCCUGCGACCUCAGAGGAGGAUUUCGACUUUUACUCCACUUCCUUCCACGCUGACGCUGUGGUUCCGCAACGCCCUCAGACAGGUCAACUCCUCAAGUACGGAGAGGAACAAUCUCACAUGUGGCCUAUGCACCUGGUCCUUUCCGUUUGGGAGGAACUCUGGGGUCGCUUCUGCGAAGAGAUCCGUGACCUGGAACGUAAGGCGCGACGUGAGAUGACGUUCGAUCUCGAUGACUCCCUGGAAUAUUUCCAAACGGAUGUCUUACCGAGGAAAGGCCGGGGAGGACACAUCCAGCGCCCCGGGCAUACCGGGGGCCGCUUCGGCCCCGGGCCCGAAGGCGGUACCCCCGCUUGGCAGUCGUUGGAUUGGUCCAUUAAGAUGCAACUUCUCCGGAGGGGCGGGCAUCCUCAACAACCUAAGCCUAGCCACGCGGGAGAUGUCGACAAGCAAAUUUCGGCCAUCAGGAAAGAGCAGGCCGACAAGCUGGCGGCAUCGGUCGCCGAGGGAAAGGCGCGAGCAAAGAACAAGCCCAAGUCGAAGUCUCAGCCCUCCCCGAAGGUAGGCUCCCAUGGCGAUGACGCCAACAAGGAAGACACCCGAGCCGGCUGGGCCAAGCCUCCGCCCGAGCUCGGCAAUUUCUGCGCUACGGACAUGGAAGCUGGCCUUGACGCCGUCAUGAAGGGACAAGGACCGGACUGGACAGCCGACCAUGGCCCUAAGCCUUUAAAACACGUCGGGCUCCAAAGCCACACUCCAGAAACCAUGGAGCGCAACCGCCUCAUGCAAGAGGUGGAGAAGUCAGAGCUUGUGCCCCAGGAGGCGACACUGUUGGGUACAUACCUGCGGAAUCGCCUUCUCCAUGCCCCGCACAGGCCGCCGCAGGCCCAAGAUGUUCAACAGGCCUUGGAUGACGCUCUCGCAAAAGGCUGCCCCGAAUUGGUGGUGGAAGUAGAGGAGUACCUGGCUAAAGUGGGCGAUUCCAGCGCGCGCCGCGCACAGCUAACCCCCACUGUUUGGUCUCAGGGCCAGGAUCGGCCUGGCUCCGCCACGCUUACCUGGGGGGACCAUGCGUGGGAGGUGUUUGACUACGGCGAUACGCUGCAGCUCUCCGCGGAACUUAAACUAUCCCUACAGCCGUCUUCGCAACCCCAUUCGGACUGGGAGCCACGCCAGUGCCUCGUGCUGCAUAUCGCCGCCGCGCUGUUGUGGAGUCGCUCCAAACAACUCCCAUCCUGGUCCGAGGUGCAGACGCUCGCAAGCCGUAUGCGGGGCGAGUUUUACGUUGAGGCCGACAAAGUUUCUGAGGCGCUGGGGGAGCUGCCGCCCUGGGUCACGCGAGCCGAAAGAGACUUGCGGGUUUUUGUCCACGAUUUCGUCUAUUUUGGACAUGACAAGGACUAUCGCAGCCUGGCCGCUCUCCCCCCAGAGGAACUCGCAGCAGUGGCGGUGCAUGUCGUGCGCCUUGACGCCUGGAAACGUCCCACUGUGGAAGCGCUGACCGGUUGUACCGCUGACACCAGACGUCCGCUCGUCGUCUGGCUGCUUGUGUAUGACGGCCAUAUGCGUCUUUUGGUACCUACGUCGAGGACCGUUCCGGCCCCGGCGCGUUCUAUCGGGAUGCAUGGGUGGGAGGUCCAUCUGGAGGCAGCCGCCGCCUCGGGCGCUCAGCUGGUUGCUCCAGCUAAAUGUCCUCGGUGCGAGGUCAGCGAGCUCCGGCGCACUGGGGUUGCAAACAGUGUGCUCGGCCUUUACCGCUCGCUUUCUCGGAUCCUCAGCGUACCGGGAAGUUGCUUGGGAGCCUGA